AUGAUUUUGAGAAGGAAAUGUAAACGUAGAGACGUUCAUAUCACCUGUUUCGUUUCAACACUCCUAGCCAUAGGGAUUUUCGUAAUUCAUGUUGUUCCAAAAGAGAGAACUUUAAGAUCACUGCGACCCCAGAUCUCAGAGAUGGACAGCAGCCCAUCCAGCGCAGGAAUCGGAACAACCAAAGCGGCCGCCAAAGAAGCCGUAGAUACCUCAUUAAGUCUAUUUGUCAGGAUGUCUGGUAAAUUGCCAGAUCACAGGCAACGAUAUUACUGUGAUCUGUUCAGGACUACUGUUCUUUACUGGCCUUCUUCGUACGGAAAAAUAGUCUUGGUACUUGACGAAGAAACCGAAGAGGAUCAUAAAUUUGGCGAUAAAAUAAUGGAUCAGACCAAAAGAUACUUUCCUGAUCGCAAGCUUGAAGUCUUAUAUGAGGCUCUUCCAAAAGACAAAAGUACAUUGGAUUUUCCAGGGAUCCACAGAAAACCCGGUUACAACAGGCAGCUCUGGAGCAGUUAUUUUAUCGACCUGUAUUCAAAUGACAGCAUUAUUGCCUGGAUGGAUAAUGACGCUGCUUUCAUAACUCCAGUAACGAAAUCUUCCAUUUUUAAUGGCACAAAGUUAAGAACUUUAGGAACAGGUUGUCAAUUGGGUAGGAAAUGGAUAAAGUCUUGGGCACACACAUUGGAACUGGCCCUUGGGUUUCCAAUGGUUGCUAAUUUUAUGUCCUUCUUUCCUGUAUACAUAUAUCGGGACACCUUCACUCACUGCAGAGAGUAUAUACUGAGAAAAUUUAACACGCGUAACUUUGAUGAGGUCUUCAAGAAGUUAAUCCACGUCCCGCACUCUCCAGUCUGCGUUGUGCUGAGUUAUGCGUGGUACUUUGAGAGAGACCGCUACGACUGGAAUUUCGAGAUCUGUGAUGACCUGGCGGAAUAUAAUAAGAAGUUUCCAACCAGUCAUACUGUUAGACCAGAACAUGUAGAAACUAUUCUGUCGGAGCCUCAAACAACUUUUCACGUACCAUACGCCCCAUUUCUUUCUUCAAACGUUAUUGUAAGCUACUGCUUGUCACACAAAGCGGCAGGAAAUAACUUGGAUAUAUGCUCCAAUCGUUCAGUUUCACUUAGCGAUAAUUUUGUUCUUUUCAACCACGAUCUUCAGUUCAUUAAAUCUGUAGACGAAACACCGUGUACAGGUAACUAUGCCAAUACAUGUUUGGAGGUACUGAAACGUCAUUAUGACCAAGUUGGUCUUGAGAUUAAACAAGGGCGUAAGGUGGAAUGGAGCAAUGUAAAAACUGUUGAAAAGCUUGCUAGUGAGUUUAACAUUCAAUGUUCGCCAAUGAUGUGAUAUUUAACACUGCUUGAAGUAAUGAAACACAACUUGCCAUUUUGUAAAAUUUUGCACCUUUUUCGUCACAAUUCUUAACCCUUUAAGCCCUAAGAGUGAUCAGCAUCAAAUUUCUCCUUGUAAUAUCAAUGCUUUAUAAAACAGAGUGGUUAUGAGAUUUACGGACAUGAUCACACAAGAUGAAUUUGGUCGAUAUCUCACCAACUUCUCCCCACUAUUUCUGUAGGAAAUGAGUAGGGGCGACAAAUGAGAAUUUUAAUUUUGAUCUUAGGGUUUAAAGGGUUAAACUGCCCAAAUUGCACUGGAGGACAUAUAUUUCUUGUCUUUUUCUACGUUUCAUGGUUUGUUCUUCGCCGUGUGAUGCGUGAGGUUAACGAAUUCAGGUCAUAAAUACGCGAUAGUGAUAUUUAGUGUAGUUUCUCUGUAAAGAGUUAAAGGCUGAUACAGAUAUAUCGUUAUUAAUAAGGCGGGAAAGGAAGCUCUUGAGCUUUGCGCUAAUUAGUAAUGGUAACAGGACUGAGUGGAGUCCAAUUCGGUCUGUAAUCAUAACUAUAACAAAAUUCUUAAAUCUGAUUGGCUAUCAACUGCCCUGAUUUCAGCCUUAAUAGGACAGUUAAAUAGGACAGUACGCGUCAUGCCUAAGUAAUUGGACAGUACGCGCCAUCACGCNCGGACAUGAUCACACAAGAUGAAUUUGGUCGAUAUCUCACCAACUUCUCCCCACUAUUUCUGUAGGAAAUGAGUAGGGGCGACAAAUGAGAAUUUUAAUUUUGAUCUUAGGGUUUAAAGGGUUAAACUGCCCAAAUUGCACUGGAGGACAUAUAUUUCUUGUCUUUUUCUACGUUUCAUGGUUUGUUCUUCGCCGUGUGAUGCGUGAGGUUAACGAAUUCAGGUCAUAAAUACGCGAUAGUGAUAUUUAGUGUAGUUUCUCUGUAAAGAGUUAAAGGCUGAUACAGAUAUAUCGUUAUUAAUAAGGCGGGAAAGGAAGCUCUUGAGCUUUGCGCUAAUUAGUAAUGGUAACAGGACUGAGUGGAGUCCAAUUCGGUCUGUAAUCAUAACUAUAACAAAAUUCUUAAAUCUGAUUGGCUAUCAACUGCCCUGAUUUCAGCCUUAAUAGGACAGUUAAAUAGGACAGUACGCGUCAUGCCUAAGUAAUUGGACAGUACGCGCCAUCACGCGCGCGCUUAAAUGGCUUUUUUUUCACUGCUAGCAAAAAAAAUCUCGGAGUUUCUUGUGUUCUGAUUAAAAAAAAUGAGCCUAAUAUAUCACAAAUUUUGUUAAAGUUAUGAUUAAUUGGUAACAGAACUUCUUGUCGUCAAAUUCGGUCUGUAAUCAUACUCGUGAUUAAACAAAUCGGACUCCCGCUACGCGGUCGUCCGAUUUUGUUAAUCACUCGUAUGAUUAAAUGUAUUAUAGACCUCAACAUAGUUCAGUGGAACCUCGAUUUAACGAAGGGUCAAGGGACUGUGAAAAUUUGUUCGCCAUUUCGAGGUUUCGUUUUAUCGAGGUUCUUUUUCAUAUACGGUAUUUUACUAUGACAAUACUGGGCGAAGAAUAUCGUUCGUUAUAACGAAGUUUUCGUUAUAUAGAGCUUCGUUAUGUCGAGGUUUCACUGUACUGAGGCGAAGAAUAGCGUUCGUUAUAUCGAGGUUCCACGGUACUGGGGCGAAGAAUACCAUUCGUUAUAACGAGGGCUUCGUUAAAUAGAGGUUCGUUAUAUCGAGGUUCUACUGUACUGGGGCGAAGAAUAUCGUUCGUUAUAACGAGGGCUUCGUUAAAUAGAGGUUCGUUAUAUCGAGGUUCCAUUGACUGGGGCGAAGAAUAUCGCUCGUUACAACGAGGACUUCGUUAUAUAGAGGUUCGUUAUAUCGAGGUUCCACUGCAAGUGUUGAAACCAAAUGAACUGCUUGAACGAGGGAGGCUUCCGUAUAAUGAAGGUGCUUAAGUAAUUGAACAAUAUUUGUCACUAGUCGCGCGCUGUAACAGAACAGUUGCUUUUGAAUUAUUUCUUUUCUCUCUAUUUCAGGUCAAAAGUUUUCGGAAAUCUUGUAUUUUAUUAGAACUGAAAUGUUGAAACUAGCGGCUCAAAUUGCUUUUUCAAUUUUUGUUUGAGUUAU